UUUAAAGCCAGGUGCACCGAGUCAGCUCGCCAUGUCCAGAUCCGGGGACAGGACCUCCACCUUCGACCCCAGCCACAGCGACAACCUGCUGCACGGCCUCAACCUGCUGUGGCGGAAGCAGCUGUUUUGCGACGUGACCCUGACGGCCCAGGGCCAGCAGUUCCACUGCCACAAGGCCGUGCUGGCCUCCUGCUCACAGUACUUCCGAUCGCUCUUCUCCAGCCACCCCCCUCUCGUGGGAGGGGUCGGAGGCCAGGAUGGCCUGGGGGCCCCCAAGGACCAGCAGCAGCAGCCGCAGCAGCAGCCGUCACAGCAGCAGCAGCAGCCGCCGCCACAGGAGGAGCCCGGGACUCCUUCCUCCUCCCCCGACGACAAGCUGCUGACCAGCCCCCGGGCCAUCAACAACCUGGUGCUGCAGGGCUGUUCGUCCAUCGGGCUGCGCCUGGUGCUCGAGUAUCUCUACACGGCCAACGUGACCCUCUCCCUGGACACCGUGGAGGAGGUGCUGUCGGUCAGCAAGAUUCUGCACAUCCCCCAGGUCACCAAGCUCUGCGUGCAGUUCCUCAACGACCAGAUCUCGGUGCAGAACUACAAGCAGGUGUGCAAGAUCGCCGCGCUGCACGGCCUGGAGGAGACCAAGAAGCUGGCCAACAAGUACCUGGUGGAGGAUGUGCUGCUGCUCAACUUCGAGGAGAUGCGCGCCCUGCUGGACUCGCUGCCGCCCCCGGUGGAGUCGGAGCUGGCGCUCUUCCAGAUGUCCGUGCUGUGGCUGGAGCACGACCGCGAGACUCGCAUGCAGUACGCGCCCGACCUCAUGAAGCGCCUCCGCUUCGCCCUCAUCCCGGCCCCGGAGCUGGUGGAGCGGGUCCAGUCCGUGGAUUUCAUGCGAACCGACCCGGUCUGCCAGAAACUGCUGCUGGACGCCAUGAACUACCACCUGAUGCCCUUCAGGCAGCACUGCAGGCAGAGCCUGGCCAGCAGAAUUCGCUCUAACAAGAAAAUGCUAUUAUUGGUUGGAGGGCUGCCUCCUGGACCGGACCGGCUCCCCAGCAAUUUGGUUCAGUAUUAUGACGACGAAAAGAAGACGUGGAAAAUACUCACAAUUAUGCCGUACAACAGCGCCCACCACUGCGUCGUGGAGGUGGAAAACUUUCUGUUCGUGUUGGGCGGAGAGGACCAAUGGAAUCCGAAUGGAAAACACAGUACAAAUUUUGUCAGCCGAUAUGACCCCCGAUUUAAUAGCUGGAUUCAACUUCCACCCAUGCAAGAAAGAAGAGCCAGUUUCUAUGCGUGUCGGUUGGACAAACAUUUAUAUGUUAUUGGUGGAAGGAACGAAACCGGCUACCUGUCCAGCGUGGAGUGCUAUAACCUGGAGACCAAUGAAUGGCGCUACGUGUCCUCUCUGCCACAGCCCCUGGCAGCGCACGCGGGAGCAGCACACAACGGGAAAAUAUACAUUUCGGGGGGCGUACAUAAUGGAGAAUAUGUCCCAUGGCUAUAUUGCUAUGACCCCGUAAUGGAUGUCUGGGCUCGAAAACAAGAUAUGAACACGAAACGUGCAAUCCACACCUUGGCUGUAAUGAAUGAUCGUUUGUAUGCAAUCGGAGGAAAUCAUUUGAAAGGUUUCUCCCACCUUGAUGUAAUGCUUGUGGAAUGCUAUGACCCAAAAGGUGACCAGUGGAAUAUUCUUCAAACUCCCAUUCUGGAGGGUCGAAGUGGUCCUGGCUGCGCGGUGCUGGACGACAGCAUUUACUUGGUGGGAGGAUAUAGCUGGAGCAUGGGAGCCUACAAAUCAUCUACAAUAUGCUAUUGUCCAGAAAAAGGGACUUGGACAGAACUUGAAGGAGAUGUAGCAGAACCCCUGGCAGGCCCGGCCUGUGCCACAGUCAUCCUGCCUGCCUGUGUACCGUACAACAAGUAACACCAAGAAACCAUGGAAUGAACAGUAUCACAUUCUAGGAAGCAAUGGCAGGUGGCCCCACUAGGACAAUAGGAGCAAUGCAUUCUGAUGGUACAACCUCCAAAACCCAUCCUUGGUUUCUGGAUUUAUAAAAAACUUCAAAAGAAAGAGACCCCUUCUUGAAUAGAUACUGUGUCUGUAGUUCAGAUCACACCAAACUUCCUGUGAUGACAGACUCUUCCAUUUCAGACUGGUUUUAACUAGUCCCAGCUUUACGAAAACUCCUCACAUGGAUCUUAACUUGCAAAAGGAGAAAGAUAAAAUACAAAAGACUGGCCCCAGAGAGACCUAAGAUCAGUGUUGUGCAUUGUAGUCUACCUGCAUGUGAUCUAUGUUGAAGUUUUGGGGAUAUUGUGUUCAUGAAUGAUUCAAAAUUGGAACCACCAAAAUACACUGCAUUACAGAAAUUGCCACUUCAUUCUGUAUUCCUAUCCUUUGGCUACUUCACAGACUGUAUAGGCAACACAGUUAUUGAAAUUCACAUAAGAUUAAGGAAGGGCAUUUUCCUUUCUAUACAACUUAAUGUUAUGUACCUUCCGCUCUACCAGCACCUCAUGGGAUCAGAGAAGAGAAAGAAGUUGGCUCUUGUAGCAAGUGCUUUCUGUCCGAUAGGUUCCAGGCUGGGCAGAGUCAUUAUUCCUGUGUUCUCAAUUUUAUCUGAAGAUUAAAACAAAGUACCCUAUGUCACUGUUCAGUUAAAAGAGGUUUGCACUUUCUCAUUUUUUGUAGUAUGUAAGUAGUGAACACACAUGUUGUUUGCUUCAAAAGACAACACUGAAAAAUUCAGUCAUAAAAUAUUUUAGAGGUUCUGUAAGAUGACACUUGUGACCCAAACUUAAUUCAUAACAAAAUGAGUGAUUGCUUUCAAGAAUUCAGGGAUGAAAAGAAAGAAUAAUUUCUCCUAAGUACAUUCCCAGUUUUCUCUCUGUUUCUGAAACACAGAACUUACAAGUGCCACAGGAGCCAAUUGUAGCAAAAUAUUUCUCCCCUUCCUCAGUUGAGUUACCCUCAUUAUUCCCCCAACUCGCCAUAUUUCUUUUAUUAUCACCAGAGAUGCCUAAAUUCAGUUAAGUGAGCAAUUGCUAGUUGUCAUUAGAAGCAUGAGUAAUUUAGGAGCAGAAGGUCAGGAGAGCAUGAGAUAGUCUCGGUGUGGCCAACCAAAAGAGAAAAACUGGCAGGAACCCCAAUUUCAUUUUCAGGUUCUUUACUGGUUCUUAAGAGUUCUUUAGAGAACCUGAAAAUAAGGGAAAGCCACAGAGUAACAGAUUAACUCUGCUGUCUAUGCUUGAACAACUUUUAGAAGUUUUUUAAGAAGUCUCUAAUAUUUUUUCAAUCACUCAGAGAUAUUGUUGAAUCCCUUGAUAAAUGUGUCAUUCAAAACAAAAAUAAGGGAAAGCCACAGAUUAAAAAUGUCUUGGUGAUAAGAUUUCAUUGUGGAGAACAUUAAGGUAGAUGUGUGUACUGGAAUCCAACGCCGUUUCUACAGUAAAGUGCAAUCUUCAUUGUUUUGUAUUUAUUUGUAUGUUCAGAUCCAAAGGAUCCGUUGUAAAAAUAUAUAUAUAUAUAUAAAUAUAUAUAACCAGUGCAAUCAACUUUCAUUUCUUUUUCCUUGAAAACAUAUGACUAUAUAGAAAGAAAUAAAAGUUACAAUACUAUGUGGGGAAAUCCCAGCUGACAUCACAAAGAGAACAAGGUCUGCUUCAGAACCAUUUGUUGUCAAAUGUCACUCUUUCUUAUAAAAAUCACAAUUUAUACAAGAACAUUUGCUUUCCUAACUUAGAGUUGUUCUUCAUUUUAUUUUUUAUUUCUAGCCAAAACAAAUAAAGACAUCUAUGAAAACUAUAAGUAAAGCUUUCUGUAUUUCAGAAAGACAGAAACUACUAGAAAGUGAAAAGUAAAUAAAUACAUCACAGAGAAUGUAAAUUUUGUACAAUAUUAGAAUGUAUAAAUGAAGCUUGCUUGGAAGGGGAAAACUUUAAAUAAAAACUUUAUGUACUAA